GGGUUGGAUAAGAAAGCCAGAACCAAGUAUUUUAGUGCCUUGUAACCAUGUUCUAGAUUUUUAGUUUUGUUUGAAAGGCAACAGAGAACCUAUCAAAGGCUUGGAGGUAAGCGUUUCAUGUCAUAAGUUUUCGUGUAUAAGUCAAAAAGUCCUAAUGGCAUGAUGUGGAUGACCACUGAGUAUAUGUGACAGUGAUGGCUGACUGGCUGGCUGGAUAGGUUGAUGGAUGGUACCAUGUCAAGGUGGGCUGAGACGCUUUUUAUAGUGAUAAAUUCUUGGUCAUUGGAGGUUUUCAGCUGUCUAUAAGUGGGGAAUCAAAUGGGUUUUUUGGCCUAGAUUCUCUUAAAGGCACCUUAUAUUGAUAUUUACAAUACCUUGUAUUUGGUCAUAAACAUCACUACAAAUAAUAGUUGCCCUUAUUUAUAUGUGUAGCAUGUACAGUUCUUUUACACAAAUUAUUGCAUUCUCACUACAGCUCUACAAGGUAAGAAUUACUCCCACUUUACAAAUGAAGAAUUGAGCCCCAGAUUAAGUAAUUUGCCCAAGGUAACAAGGUUAGUGACUAGUAGAGGCAAAAUUUGAACCCAGUUCCACUAUACUCCCAGAGGCCUGUCCUCAUAUCAGCUGCUCCGUAAAGCUUCUGUACAAAUUAGUACACAAAUGAUAAUAGGCACUUGAUGAAUAAACAAUUGAGGCUAUUAAGAUGUUUGGAAUUCUUCCAGGGAAUGUCGCAUCAACUUAAAAAUAUUUUAGUGCCUGCUAUGUACCAAGCACUAGGGAUACGGUAGUCAAUAAAAUGGGCAUGGUCCCUGUCUUCCUUGAGUUUACAAUAGGGAAGACAGAUAUUAAACCAAAAAUUGCACAAAUAACUACAGCUGUGUUAAGUGCUUUGGAAGUAUGUGUAUAAGGUACCAUGUAAUGGGGAUCUAAUGUAGUGUAGGGAGUCUCAGGUGAUGAUGCAGUUGUCACAACCAUAUCUUUCUCCAAAAAGUUUCUGGUUACCAUUCUUGAAUGGUUUCUAACCUGUGUUUAACCUAUUACAGUCAAAUCCUAAGUCUUAUCUGAGUAACUUUCAGUCCUUGCUUGAAAGGAUUCUGGCUAGUUGAUCACUAGCUGACUGGGUUAAACAUCAAUAGCAGCCACUCCUAAACCAUUUCGCCCUGUAUUUCCAGCCGCAUUCUAGACUCCAUUUUAUGGAUGUGUGUCUGACACCUUAAGCAACUUAGCAUAGGUCCCCUUCCUGCAAAAACAAAAAUUAUUCCCCACCAGCCUUCCCUGUUCCUGUUGUUUCAGUCAACCAGAAUGAACAACUUGAAAUAGCAUCAUACAAUAUUUUCUAAACAUUGUCAUAACGGACCCUUUUUCACCUUCCUUAUGGUGCCUCUUCUUGAUGCAAACCCUCUGUUGGAUUCUUGCUGUCUUUGUAACUAAUCUCACUGUUUAGAUUAUAUACUUGUGUAUGAACUGUCUUUUUUUCAUGUAAGCUUUUUAUAUUUUCAUACCUCCUUGCUGAGUAGGUGGAUACUACUCAGUAAAUAAUUGAUUUGAUGACAUGUCAAACAGUGCAACAUGCUAGUAUUUACAAAGUGCUUAGAAAAUUAGGCCAUUUGUUUCUGAUAGAAACCUUGUGAAGAAGGUGGAAUCCCCCUCUGGAAACAGAUGAGCAAAAUGAGGAUCAGAUAUGUUAAAAGCCUCAAAGAUCACAAUUUCUAAACAAUAGUGAGCUAUGAAAAUGGAAUGCUACGAAAUGAUCCAGUAAUAACCUCCCUCCACAUUGACAAACUCAACUAUCCACUCUUUAGUAAAGCACCCUCAAAAUCCUAUCUCCACAAAUCUCCAGGUAGCUUCAAUUUUCUCAUUUGUUACAUGAAAAUAAUUCCUGUCCAUUUCCAUGGAUUCUUUGAACAUGGUCCAUAUCUACACUGGCCAAGAAGGUUGCCACUAGCUACCUGUGGCUACUUAAAGUUUAAUUAAAAUCAACUAAAAUGUAAAAUUCAGUUCCUCAGUCACACUAUCCACCUUUCAAGUGAAUCGUGGCUACCAUAUUGGACAGGGCAGAUAUAGAACAUGCCCAGCUUUGCAGCAAGUUAUAUUGUACAGUGUGCUGGGCUAGAACUAGGACUUGCCCAAGAUCACAGAAAGCAAUAUGCCUGAAAUGAAAACCCCAGCCAGUUGGUUUUGAGUGAGAAGGUUCACUAGGUGAGUGGGAAGCAAGCUGACCUUUGGAGCUGUGACAUCACAAAGCACAGCUCCCAGUGGCUCCAGAAUGCCUGGGCUCCCACCCAGGCCACUCGCGCUAACUCAGAUAUGAAGCCUCUGCACAUGUAGCUCCUGAGGCUGCUGUCUUACUAAAAUGUCAACAUUUUCACCUUCAUCUAUCUGGGACCACAUUCUAGAUUAUGUCUCUCUGAGCUCAAUAUGGAAUUGGCUACAAGCAACUCUUCUGGGAGAGACUAGAACACCUCAACAAACCAGUUUGGGGCUACUAGAUUAUUUGGCUUCAGCUGUGCAAGUUAUCCUGGGGAUUUUCUUUGUUGUUUUCUUGGGAGUAGGACUAUAUGCCUUAUGGAAACGAAGUGUUCGGUCAAUUCAGAAAAUAUUGGUGUUUAUAAUCACACUCUACAAACUUUACAAGAAGGGCUCAGAUUUUUUUCAGGCUUUGUUGGGCAACCCAGGAUUUAGUCUCCCAACUGAAGACAAUAAUAAUUUGCUCCUGUCCUUGGGUCUGCAAGAUAAAAUUUUGAAAAAACUUCAGGCAGUGGAAAACAAAGUGAAGGACCUGGAGGGGAUGAUCAUUUCCAAAAAAUCUGCUACGAAGAGGGAUUGUUCCUCCGAUCCCGACUGCAGCUGCUCUGACUGCCAGAGCCCCUUGUCCACAUCUGGGUUCACUUCCACAUCUGAAAUGUGAUGGACUUCAAUCUUUUCCAAAAAAGCACUUUUCCCCUCAUGUGUGCAGUGGUGUAUCAAUAAAGAUAGAGACCUAUAUAGAAAUUACUCUGCAAGGACUGGCUCUCUAUUCAGUAGGGUCCCUCUUCUACUUGUGUGUGUGGUGGGGCAAAGUGGGGAAUAGUGGUGCCCACUCUGUAGGCUGGAGACAGUAAGCAGCCAUAGAGUAAAGGCUAACCAAACUGGAAUCCAUAAAAGGGGGGAAAGAGAGAAUGGUCAGGGAUAUGGCCUUGUUGGAUUGGAUAUAAUAAAACCAGCAAGAAAAUGCUGUUUAAAGGUAAUGCUGUGGACUGUCUUGCAGAGGUAGGCUGGCCCUUGUGCUGGUCUUUGACCUAAAGGUUAAAUAUUUGGCCCAGGAAUCUCCCUGCAUUAGUUACUCAGAGGUAGGCAAG